UCCGACUGAGUGUACCCGGAAGAUUUGGAUGCAAGUUUUUCUGUAACGUGCAUCCAUAUGUCGACCUAUUUUAUUAUAAAUUAAAUGUAAUAUAGGUGAUUUCAGAGAUUUAUAUCCGAAACAAUGUUGUCUUUAGAUUUCCUAGAUGAUGUGCGUCGCAUGAAUAAGCGGCAGCUCUAUUACCAGGUGCUGAACUUUGGUAUGAUUGUGUCCUCUGCGCUCAUGAUAUGGAAAGGAUUGAUGGUUGUGACGGGCAGUGAAAGUCCCAUUGUUGUUGUUCUCAGUGGGAGUAUGGAGCCAGCUUUUCACAGAGGAGAUCUCCUUUUUCUGACAAACCGAGUGGAGGACCCCAUCAGGGUUGGAGAGAUUGUGGUCUUCAGGAUAGAGGGCAGAGAGAUCCCAAUAGUACACAGGGUGCUGAAGAUUCAUGAAAAGGACAACGGAGACAUAAAGUUCCUGACCAAAGGUGACAACAAUGCAGUUGAUGACAGAGGGCUGUACAAGCAAGGGCAGCACUGGCUGGAGAAGAAAGAUGUGGUGGGGAGGGCCAGAGGGUUUGUGCCAUACAUUGGAAUUGUGACCAUUCUGAUGAACGAUUACCCCAAAUUCAAGUAUGCUGUCCUUUUCAUGCUCGGCCUGUUUGUGUUGGUCCAUCGAGAGUGAGGGGAUUACCAGACCAGUACUGAUCGAUCCCAUGAAGGAAAGCUUCACCAUGCCUUUCAAGACAGAAUUAUGUUUAUUACAAAGAAGACCUUGCUUUCUUUACCAUCUAUUUGGCUUUUUUUGUAGAAAUAUGGAUUGUGUGUUUAUAUUUCAAAGUCACAGGUGUAAAAGUAUGUUGUUGAGAUUUAAGUUGUAGAAUGAAAAGCCAAUUUUCUUUUGUCUCAAAAUGUGAAAUUAAAUGGUUAAUUGAAUCCCGUUUUACUAAGGAAAGCAUUGCGUAAAAAUGAACUUUGUAUGAUAAAUGAGUAUGUGUGUGACAAUAAAAGGAUCUGUUACCUUCUA